AUGGAGUCUAAUUUUAGCUUGACACAGAUGCGCUUAUCAGACUUGUGCAACAUCCUGCACUACUUGAGCAUCCCUGAUUUGAUGAGAGUACUAGCGACAUGCAAGAAGUUCUAUGGAUUCAGGCAUUCUAAUGAGAUAUGGAUCAAGGUUCUUGACUAUCAGCCAGCUCCUGUUCUAGCUGAGAGCAAGUGACUCACUGAAGAAGGAAUUGAUAGCUCUAAGGAAGCAAUCACUAUUCAAAAUAUCUUUCUUAGAAUCCCAGAUUUUUAUACAAAUUUAGUAAUAAAAGAAGGAAGUUCAGCCAUCGAUGUAGUCAAGUGUAUUAGAGAACUCGUUAUGAAUAAUGAGAAUAAGGUGAUUGGUCUUGAGGGUCUGAAGAGUUCAUCGCAUGAUUAUGAUCAGACAAUUCAAAGAACUCUUGACUCCUCUCAGUAUAAUUUCUGGAGUUCUGAAGGGUCAGGAAUUGUUGCUGAUACUGAAUGGCUACUUUAUAAGAUGAAGAAUGGGCCUUCAUUGAUAUCUUCUGUGAUGAUUAUGCCUGUACGUUUAUCGGGAUCAUGAUAUGCUCCAUCACAAGUCAGGUUCAAAGUUGGAUUCCAUAAGGAUCAAUAUCAUUAUACAUCUCCUUUAUUCAAAGUAAAGAAUGAAGAAUCUGAUCAAAUUUUCUAUUGAAUGCCAGAUUUAGUUGUUGGUACAUUUAUAAAAGUUGAGUUUUAUGGAAAGCCUGGCAUGCAAAAUAUUGAUAGAAGAUACUACAUAGCUUUGCGUAAUUUAAGUUGUCAAGGAUACCAACUUGAUCCAACUACCACUCCUCCUGAAGCAUUGCCUACUUUACUCAACAUUUGUACCAAUUGUUCAAUUCUGGAGGAUUCGUUAGCUGAUGAAUUUGAGAAUUCUGAGAGAAUCCUGAUUUCCAUGGUUAAAGGAGAGACUUCACUUUCUGAUUUUUCCGACCAAAUUAUGAAAGACCUUAGAUUAUGGGCUUUCGAACGUAGGACUGUGUUACUUCAAAGCUCUAGAGUUAUGGAUCAUUUAGAUACAUUCCGCAUUUUCCAGGCUGGUAUUAUUCCAUUAACUCAGAAAGAUAUGUUUUGAGAAGGCCAAAGCAGACUUAGUUUGAUCGAGCUGAUCCUCGGUGUCCUCAAGCGAAGUGAAGAACAAAACAAUUUUUUGGAUAAAAUGAACACAGAGAUCUUCCUAAAGAUGGUAUUUAAAUGUGCGGAAGAUCUAUCUUCAAGUAAUGAGCAGAUAUUUGUCCAUUCUUCUUCAGAGUCUUUACUUCCAGGAAGCUACUCAAGACCUUUCUUUACAGGAGAAUUAACAAGUUUGGACUACAUUUUGGAAUAUGCUCAGAAGCAAAGGUUCAAGUUCUUCCCUUAUCCGGGCUUGAUUGAGGAAUAUUUUAAGUACGAUAAUGAACUUCCCGAUCCCUCGAUUUCAAAGAAAAAAUGAGCAAUGAGUGAUGAAGAGAGUAAAGACAGUAGUAGUAUUAAUCUUAACUACAUCAAGCAUAUCUUGUUACAGGCAAUGGGAUUCAUCUUUGAAGACUUCAAGUUUGUGUUGAACUCUCCAGAUCUUUCCUGAAGCGAUUUGUUCUAUUGCCUUGUGAAUACAGCCAAGCUAGCCUUCGGUGAAGAGACAUCAAUGGAUGAUAGCAACUCUGAUAUAAUAGAAAUGGAUACUGAAGAGCGAAAGAUGGCUUAUUCUAGCGCUCUACCAGUGAAUGCAUCCAUAAUCUCUAUUGCUAUAAAAUCUUUCUUCGAGAAAAACCCAGGAGUCCAAAAAGAAGAUUUGGUUGCAAAGAUUACCGAAGGAUUUGAGUACAACUUAUUCUCUACUAAAGCGGGAGAAUUUAUGGAAAAGUUGAGUGCUGAGUUAAUAUAGUAAAAAAAGGUGAUUCAA